AUGUCGGCCCUCGGCGCGCUUGCCCUCGUGCGACGGGGAAUCGAGAAUCCAGAUGUUGAGCAACCCCCAAACGCCAGCAACCCAUUACCUGUCGUCAUUCUCUCUCUCACAGUUGUUCUGUUCGCUGCUGCAUUGUCGUGUGCCAGCUAUUCCCUCGGAAAAGUCGUGACUACCAUCGCCGCCGUUGAAGACCCCAACCCCGACGUCUACGUGCGCAUCGAGAAUGAUACUCCUGUCGUCCCCGAAAGCGCACUCGACGAUGUAGAGAGCUUGCCUCCGCCAAAGCCCAUCACUAGCUCUCUUCGUGCAACAGUCAGACAUCUAAAUGCUCGCGGUGGUCGCCGGUCUCUAUUCCGCGGCAUCAUUCUAUACAUUUUGACUGGCAUAGCCAUCAACGUCGUUUCGUAUCCGGCAUCAGCAGCCUUCAAUAUCGUUGGCAGUAUCCUAGCAAGAUUUGUCGCCGAGAUUCUUCUGGCAAACUUGAGAGUGGGUUGGAUUCAUAUCGUUAUUUCUGAGCCAUCAAAGAAGUCUCUCUGGUCUCGGAUCCCCGUGUGGCGGAAGACCGUUGUCAAGAUCGCCCCGGCCGCUGCUAUUCGCUCCGCUGUUGCCCAGAUCGUCACCUUCGUACCGAUUUUGAUCGCAAAUCACAGUGGUAUCUUCUCGAACGCUUUGGCAAAUACACCCAAAACAUCCCUGUCCGGUGGUUUCGGACUCGUCGCGCUCCACCUUGUCCUAUACGUGCUCGUUCAAAUGCCUGCCGAAGUAACUUUCAUUCGUGUUGCUGCUUCCAUGCUCCCCGAGGACGACGAGUCCAUCGUUCCUUUCGACCGCUCCUUUGGUGGCAAAGUCACCCCGGAAAUCGUCGGAGGCCAGGGUAAAAUUGGCAUCGUGGACGCUUGGCGUUCAUUUGGCUGGGGCUCACGCAUGCGUUUCUUGAGCGUUGUAGGAAAAGUCUUUCUUGUACAGGUGGCCCUCGGCGCCGCGUUUUGGCUCUUGCUGGCCACCGAGCUCGUGAUCAUCUCCUCAUCAAACUGA